CAAGCCUACCGAAGGAGCAACAUAGUAAAGAUGUGGUGGGUUUACUAUCUACUUAUUUGGUACUCGAUUAUUCAAUCUGCUUUGGCACAAAUUAAAUAUGUUUUUCCUGGGACCACGGAUUCCGUUUCGUAUGAUUCCGUCGAGAUUAAGUGGGAGGAGUCGAAUUUCGGAGCUUCUUUAAAAGAUAUAGAACAAACACAAUUUAAGAUCUGUACGAAUACAGGUCAGAAGCCGGAAUAUUGUUACACGAUUCCAGAGUUGAUAAAACCUUCCUCAACAAGUUCUUAUGGACCAUUCUCUGUGCCAAAGAACUUGGGUCGUCCAGGCAGAGUAUGGUUCGUUUGGGCACACUCUACUCUUAGCAAUAAGAAAACCGUUGAUGACUUCUCUGAUUUCUUUACUAUCACCGGGCUUGACGGAUAUUUUGAUGACUAUAACGUAUUUGAAAACCUUAUGAAAUUAGGUGUUUGGUCAAAUCCUCCUGUGUCACCUGCCUUUACCUUAUUAUGGCCAACCGGUACUAUGCGAGAUUGGUAUUUGCAACAAACCGGCCGAAUUCGUACUGGUCCUAUGCAACAGAGACCGGGUUCUGUCUUUACUGCUCAAACAACAAGUUUCUCACGUCUUUGGGAAACUUCUUCCUAUAGCGUUUUCAAAAAGUACGGUAGCUUGCCUUACCCCACUUCUACCGUCCAGCCUGGCGCAUCGUACACGUACACCCUUUAUGCAAACUAUGCAUCCACAGCUUCUUCUCCAGUGGUCACAGCUACUCCUACCCAUGGUUUGAGAAGAAGGGAUCUCUGGUCUCGUGACGAAGUAGUUGAGUACGAGAAACGCCGCAUGCGUAUUGAUGAGCCUCGUCGUGGUUUGCUCCAUCCUUAAACUAUAAUAGGAGCUUUCCAUUGCUUAAAAAAAUUCUCACAAUUUUUUAAUAACUGAUCCUUUUUUUUGCUUCCCCUCUUGUAUAUUUUCAGGCAUAGGAUAUGACAAUUCCUUAAUUGUCUUGCUGUGAUUUGCCUUUGUUGUUCCUAUAUUACCGAAAUGUCUCUUGUCUGAGUGAAAUUGAUGGAAUGGGUAAAGUCAUUGCUGGGAUUUUACCACGACUUUAACCCAUGUUGGGUUCACUUUAUUUUUUUCCUAUUGAAAUGGUGAUUAUGAGCAUUUUCGAUUGACAUUUAAAGAUCAAGUUUCUUUCUUUUCUUUUCUUUAGUUUCUUUUUUUUUACAACGGGUUGCUUUUAUUUCUGCAUUCGUUUAAUUGAUAUAUAUAUACGCUCUUUAUAGUUGCACGUCGAUCUUUUUGGGAUCAAGUGUUUCAUAGAUACAUUUGUUUCUACGCAUAUUUGCCUUUGAUUAGUAGUGCAUGGCGAUAUUUAGUUUAAUUUAUGGUUUUUAUCUAGUCAAUGAC